AUGAUACAAGCCUCCCCCGUGCUAGCAUGCAAUCAUCCCGUAAAACACUACACGACCCUGGGAUGCACUCCCAGUGCAGAGUUUGACGCUGAAGGUUGUCCACUAAGCUAUAACUGCCCUACGCUGUACGAACGCGACCCGGACAAGUGCUAUCUUCUGGGGCGUGAGUACGACAUCGGACAGUCGGUACCUCCGGAGCAGUCUAUCUCCAGCUGCUACUUCAUGAGCUGUUAUCAAAACAAUGAAAACAAAACUGAAUUUGUCGUUGCGAUCGCCGAUUGUUUCUUCCCGAUUGAGCCGACCACGUGCAUUUUUCAAUAUGAACCCAACCAGUGUUGUUCUACGCGCAGUGUCUGCGGUGAUGAUCGUGAGAACUUGGCCAAGUGCACCGUAAACGGACGCAGUUACUACGAAGGGGAGCGUGUUUAUCUCGAAGACAGGCACUGUCAAACGUGCGUUUGUACACGUGCCUCCAGUGGAUGCCUGGAAGGCGAGGUGACCUGCCAGGACCAUCUGUGUGACUUUGAGGUUUUCAAUGCUGAAAAAUUGCUCGACGGGGCUGCUCCAGUGUAUGACGAUAUCAGCUGUUGUCCAAUCGAUUGGAGAUUGCCUCAGGACGCCGAUGCCGUUGCUCUGUGCGCUGAAUCGUACUCCGGAAACAUACCAAAUUUGCAGUGUUUGUAUGGCAACUUAACACUGAGUCAAGGAGAAUCAUUGGUGCCUUCAAUUAACCAGGAAGGAACAUACAAGUGUAGCUGUGCAAUCCCACCUCUGGUGCAUUGCAUUUUGGAACGAAAUUCAUAA